AUGUGUCAACCAGCAAGUAAGCAAAAAGUUAAAGAAGAAGGAAUUUAUGGAGUAUUACCAUAUAUAGCACCAGAAGUUUUACGUGGAUACCAAUAUACAAAAGCAGCAGAUAUUUACUCAUUUGGAAUAAUAAUGAACGAAUUUCUUUCUGAAAAAAUUCCUUUUAAUGAUAUUCCUCAUGAGGAUUUUUUAGCUUUUAAAAUUUGUAAAGGACUUAGACCAACAAUUUCUAAAGAUAUACCAAAAUUACUUGCAGAUUUGAUAAUAAAAUGUUGGGAUGCUGAAAUAAAAAAUAGACCAACCACUAAAGAAUUGCAUCAACUAUUGAAGAAAUGGUAUGAUGAGAUUGAAUAUAGUAAAGAUAAUGAAGAUGGUGAAGAUGGUGAAGAUGGUGAAGAUGGUAAAGAUGUUAAAGAUGGUAAAGAUGUUAAAGAUAGUGAAAAUAAUGUGAUAAAAUUAGUAAAGAAAAAUUCAAAAAGAGAUCAAAUGAUGAUAAAUCCAAAAACUUCAAAACACAUCCACAAGCAAUUUAUACUAGUAGACUUUUAAAUUU